AUGUUUCUCCCGGACCGCAUAACCUCCCCCUACACCACCAUCGUCCGUCGCAGUGGCAACCCGUUCGAACUGGCUCACGUGUGUGUCUCGUGGCUGGUGGGCGCCGGCUACGACGCGUGCGUGGCGGUGGGCGCGGCUAAGAGGGACACCUGCAUGGGCAUCCGCUACCGGACCGAGUGUCCGGACGUGCCGGAUGAGACUGAGAAAAUCACUGAGGCUCCUCCUCCUGAGGAAGAGCCGCGGUACCGUCUGCAGCCGCUGCCGGACCUCACCUCCAAGUACGUGCAGGCCAUGGAGGAGAAGGAGCUGAAGAAGAAGAAGGAUGAACAGGAUCGGCUGGAUGAAGAGAGGAAGAAGAAAAUUGAGGAGUUAGAAUCCCCGCCACCAGACGCGAUAGAUGGCUGGCGCAUCCACGCCUGGGUCGUCAUCCUGCCCGGCGCCAUGGGGGUUGAGCAGCCCUUCUUCAUCGAACCUCAAGAAGGGAACAGAUACGAGGUGUCAGACCCGAGGUACCAGCGCGUGGACUGCAUAUACAACCAUGAGAAUUAUUAUGUCAAUCUGCAAAACUCCACCGAAGUUCUGGACCUCACCAAAGGCAAAUACUCCACUGAAAACGUAAGCUCCACCAAAGACCAGAAUUCCGCCAAGACCUUAAAAUCUGCCGAAAGCCUUAAAUCCACCAAAGACAUAACCUCCGCCGAAGCUGUAAAAUCCACCGAAAGCCGAAACUCCACCAAAGGUCCGAACUCCACCGAACGUCUAAAGUCUGCCGAAGCCAUAAACUCUAUCAAAGACCUAGACUCUACUGAUGGCCUAAAGUCCACCAGUGGCCUAAAAUCCGGCGAAAGCCUAAACUCUGCCAAGAGCCCGAAGCCUAGCCAAGACCUGAACUCCAGCGAAGGCCUUAACUCUGUCAAAGACCUGAGCUCCAGCAAAAGCACACACUCCACUGAAGGCAGAAACUCCAUUAAAAGUCUGGACAAGAUCAGCUAUGACGUAACAGACUUGAACUGCUGGGAACACCUGUUGGCAGGCGAGCCGUUCCAUAGAAGACAGAUGGAAGGUGUGGACUAUGCCGAUAAGGCAACAGCUGUGGAGACAGAUAAGCAUCUGGAUAUGCCUGCUAGCUGGGUGGAGAAGCUUGAUAUUAGCACGCCUGAAUAUUAUCAGCGCUACCCUGGCAGUCAUAAGGUGAUCCAUUACAAAAAGGUGCUUCUGGAAAAGUUCUCACGCUAUUCUGAACGCGAUGGAAUCGUCAAAAGAGUCAAAAUCUUCGCAGAUUAUGCAUUGGAUAAGCCUUUAACCACAUACGAAUAUUACGACAAUAGAGUCGACCUGAUGGAAGAUGUUAAAAUCGACUAUACGACCAACGAAAUUCGUGAAAGGUUUCGCGUAGGGAGGAAAGAUCAUAUCAUUAAGCACACUUAUGCUUUCGAUGCUCGAAUGAAACCUUCGUCGUUGGAAGUAGACAGAGUCCUGGAAUUCAAUUAUUACGCACGACUCGAUCACCUCAACAAGAUUGUCUGCUCUCCUCUAACUUUUGACGAGUAUUUUACUGACCGGGAAGACAGGCUACAAUCAAGGCAAAUAGUCUACACAGCACCAACAAAAUCGGAGCCCAAACGACAGCUUUUGACAAUCACGGAGACAUACAGCCGAAAUCCAGAUGUGGCAGCUGAAAAGGAUGUCUGGAAAAGAAUUUUCUACAUUCAGGAGAACACUAUAGAAUUGUUGUUUCAUUAUGCAUACAAUUUUGUGACCAAUUACACCAGGAAUUAUAUAAAGCCUAAUAUAGCAGAAACGGGUGGUGAUAUUCUUUUCUACCCUGAAAGAACUUCUGGUUAUAUUGCAGAUCCCACAGCCAAAGAGCCUCGUCCUCUCCACGUGUACUAUGGUCUUUGUGAAAACAUGGAAUGGGAGAACGAGAGCAUGAAAAAUAUUCGUGACAGAGAGAGUGACAUCAUUGGCUAUUUGAAAGAGCGAAACACUGAAAUAACUGAGCCCCAGUUGUAUGUUUCUCUAUUUGACACGGAGAAGAAUGAAGCUGCUAAAAUCGGAUGGAAGGAACAAGAAAUGGCCAAAGCAGAAGUGACAGAACGGGAGAAGGAAGCCGAGAUCGACCCUCUGGCUCCGUACCUGGCUCGCAUGUUCGGCUCUGGACACGGCACUGGGAAGCCACUGACAUUCAUGGAAUCCACGCUAGUUCGCGAGCAAUGCUUGAACGAUUUCAAAUCGAGGCAGCUGAUGCGUCAGAAUAUUGUUAUGGAGAGGUUCGAGAAGAUGAAUGACGAAUACAAAACUAAGAAAUUGUGGUACUUGGCAAACCAAUUUAUAUUGACACCAGCGAAAGAAAGCCACUACUUCACUGAAAGCGCAAAAAUGGCAUUUGAAGUUCAUAACUUGGAAGUGAGGCUGACAAGACACAGGGAUCUAUCAGGCCCUCGGUAUAAGGCUCUAGUGGAGUAUCUGGACCGACAUCCAUUGCUUGUGGAGUUGAAGAAAAAACAGAAGUCGAAAUACAACUAAGGAGAAAGAAUCAUGAAAUUACUGUGCACAAAUCAUUAAAAAGAAUUUCUUACUAUCGAUGUUAAGUUUGUUUAUGAAUUUAUUGUUUAACUAUUCUAUUGAAUUUAAUACUUAUAUUAAAGUUAGUCUACAGAUUGUGUUGUUCUAUUCAAUAUAUUUAUUUCAAUUGC